AUGUCAAGCGUUUACUCUCUAGAACCACCAACUAGUGGCAAAGUUAUAAUUAGAACUUCAAUGGGAGACAUUGAUGUAGAGUUAUGGACUCUUGAGGCUCCAAAAGCUUGUAGAAAUUUUAUUUAAUUGUGCCUUGAAGGAUAUUAUGAUGAUACAAUAUUUCAUAGAUUGAUUCCAAAGUUUAUGAUUUAAGGUGGAGAUCCCACAGGCACGGGAAAGGGAGGAGAAAGUAUUUAUGGAGAGCCAUUUAAAGAUGAAUUUCAUUAAAGAUUAAAAUUUUCACAUAGAGGUAUUGUAGCUAUGGCAAAUGAAAGCAAACCUAACACUAACACUAGUUAAUUUUUUAUAACAUUUGAUGAGUGUACUUGGCUUGAUAAGAAGCAUACUAUAUUUGGAAAAGUAACUGGUGAUUCUGUGUAUAAUUUGCUUUAACUUCAAUAGGUAGAAACAGAUUAAAAUGAUAGACCAUUGAAUCCUCCAAGAAUUAUCAAAACAAAUGUAGUAUAAAAUCCGUUUGAUGAUAUUGUUCUAAGAAGCGAUUAAGCCAUAAAAUUUUCAAAAUUGAACCAAAACAAAGAUUAAAAGUAUAGCAGUGGAUCUGAAUCAGAAGAAGAUGAAGAAGAACAAAGGUUUAAAAUAGAAAAUGAGAAAAGAAAGAAAGAAAUGCUUAUAUAAAAGCAAAAAGAGGAGGAAUAAAAGAAAAAGAACUUUUAAAAUAAAAACUUACUUUCUUUUGCUGAUGAUGAUGAAGAGGAAGAAGAUGGCAUAGAAGAAAAUGGUGAUGAUGAUGAAAAAGAAGAAGGAAACAAUAAAAACAGUAAUAAAGAUGAUUUCAAGAAACCAUAAGACAAAUGUUAAAUAAUGAAUAUUCAUGAUAUAAGUGAGGAAGAUAAAUUUAGCAAAGAAACAGCAGUAGAUAUAGAAAAUUUACAAAAAAAGAAGUAAUAAAUAGAAGAGGAAGAAAAUAAAAAAAAGAGAUUGUAAGACAGAGUAAAAUCAGCAAAAUAAGAUGGAGUGAAAGAAGAGAUAAAUAAAAAGUUAUUUAAAGAAAAUGAAGUCAUUGAAGUAAAAGGGAAAUUAGCAGAAGAAAAUAAAGAUUUGCUCAAUUACAAGAAAAGAAUUAAUAAAUAAACAGGUAAAGUUGAAUUAUAUUGGGAUAAUGAAGGAGAAUAAUCAAAAUCAGAGAGUGAUCAAGAAUCUUAUUCCUCAACAGACUCAGAAGAUUAUCAAAAUGAAGAAGAAAAGAAAAUUAGACAAAAACAAAAGGAGGAGUAUGAAAAUUUAAGAAUAUCUUUCUUGUAAUAAAAACGAGAUGGUUAAGGAACAGCUUCAGAAUCAGCAAGGAAAAAUAAAUCAGAGAACAAUAAACUACUUACUAAUGUAGAAAAAAGGAGGUAAAAGUAUUUGGAAAAAGAAUAGUUAGAAAGGCGUUAAGGAGGUUACAUGAAGAAGUUAGCUGAAUUUUAGUAAAAAAUGAAGGUUGUUUCAAAUCCAAAUAGCUGGGUAAAGCAUGAACUUAGAUUCUAAGCAACUGGUGACAGAGCCUUUUAGAUUUUUGAUGCUAAAGAAAAAAUUAAAGAAUACAAUGUUAAUGAGGACUUGGAAAAGAAAGGAUAUGUAAAUAAAAGCUUGGAUAAUCUUAAAAGAAAUAUAGAGAAACGCUAAGAAGAGAGCCAAAAAAGAGUAGGAGAAAAGUUGACUGUAGAAGAGUUAAUGAAGUUAGCAGAUGAAUGA